CUAGCUAAAGGGACAAAUUUUUUCUCCUAUGCACUUUACAUUGCGCUUCUGAAAAUUGCAGAGGAGGCGAAUCGUCGCAGUAUGGAAGAUCGAAUCCGAUCGGAGAAAGACAAAAAAAUCAACUUAUACGGUGAAACUCGAAUGCAUGAAGCAGCUCGCGGAAAUGAUUCGCGCUAUCUCAAAACACUCAUCGAAGUGGGGUACAACUUGAAUGCACGUGAUGAAGGUGGAUGGACACCGUUGCAUGAAGCGGUGGGAGCACUGAAACUGGAGAAUGUGCGAAUUUUGGCGCAAAGUGGAGCAAAUCUCAAUUUGCGAUCUAAUGAAGGGACAUUGUCAGCCGAGGGAGAACGCACAGAUAGUGGAGGUCUGACCCCGUUAAUGGAAGCGUGUGAUAGGGGAGCCACAGCGAUCGUUAAUUUGUUGCUACAGUACGGGGCGAAUGUUGCAUUAAAAAAUCGUGACGACUGGACGGCGCUCGAUUUUUUCCGCAAUGCCAUGAAAAUGGGAAUGAUUGAAAAUGAGGAUUUGGUGGAAGCUACGCGUCUUGUAUCACUGAUGGAAAAAAAGCUAAAAGAAGCACAUAUUACGGUGAACAGCGAGCCACCACCGAAGAAGCUCAAAGUGGAUGAUAAGCCAGCGGCAAAAUUGCCUCGUUUAGAGAAUGAGGCAUCAUCGCAGCGGCGACGAGUGCUGGACCCGAAUGUAGCAAAUUUGCAUGAGUAUCAGAAAAUGAUGAAUGCCGUUGGACGCGGAGCGGUAGCACACGAUCGAAAGAAUGCUUUGCUGGGGGAUGGCGAUGAUGAACUUUUUGAUGAGGAUGAGGAAGAUGGUUUGAGACAUCUGGAGCCCCCGCUUGAUGAUUUACUCAUUGGUGUCGAUAACUUACUGGAAGUUGCUCCGUCGUCGCCAUCAGCAACAACAUCUGCGCCAGCACCUUCAGCACCAACAGGGAAGAGCCGAAAAGCAGUUAAAAAUUCCGAAUUUGUAUGGGAUGUGGACGAUUUAUAUACUGAACUGCAUGACGACUUUCCAUGCACAUCGGCUUCAGCGGAAUCUUCACAUUCUCAGCGACCAAAGAGUGGAGUUCGUGCCCGCCCGACUGCAAGAAUUAUUAGUGAUAAUAGCGAUUCGGAAAAUGAAACCGCAGUGGUGCCACCUCAAGCAGCUACCCAUCAACGAAGUACUGGCAGCGAGCGGCAGCUGCAGCUUGCUGACUGCGCUCGGUCUGCUCCAAAAUGCAGUAGUAAUCGUGAUGUGAGAGAAGCUGAGAAGACGCUGCCACCAGCUUGGCGUAGUAACGGAACAGUACAGCCCACUGAAAACAAAACAGUUUCGGCAGCAGCGGCAGCAUCCUCAACAAAACAAAUUUUCAUCAAACUCGUCAUCAAGCAAGACGAUGGCACGCAUUUUAAAACUAAAGGAAUGCCUUUUUCAAGCUCCAGCACGAUUGGUGAUGUGAGAAAGCGCUGUGAUGUAGAACUGAGAGGUGAGGUGGAAUAUUCGUCAAUGGUGAUCAGCCAUGAUGACUGUGAAUUGACCGAUGACACGCCACUUGAGCUUGUUCUGGCAGAUGGCAACAAGUUGUUGGAAUGUAUUUUAAUUGGGUGUAGGAGUCUUCGUCAGUUAAUCGGCGAUUACUCUUUAUGCUCCAUGCUGAAGAAACUUGAUCUAAGCUUCAACGAUUUCAAUGACGAUGGCUCGGAUUUUGUUGAAAUGUUUGCGAGUUUAUGCCCGAACCUUGUGCAUUUGAAGCUUGCAUCGUGUAAUAUGAGUUCGACUACAGUUGAUGGCCUAGUACGCCAGCUCACAAGUAAUAUAUCAUAUUUUUUUACAGUUAAUCGUGGAUAA